AUGUUUCCAGCUGUUUUGUACCGUUUUCUCUUCCUGGGGCUGAUAACUGGUUAUCAGGUGAGACCAUUUUAAUACUAUUGUAAUAUCCUUGCUUUAUAUCGCGCGCACAUCCUAAGAAAGGCGCUAAAGACUUCGGCUAAAGUAAUUAAAUCAUUCCUCUUUUCCUUGCAGUACUUGUGGGCUGCAGUCCCUAGAAGAACGCAACUUCGUUUGGAAACCACCGUGUCCAUACCAACAUCGCCUUUCCCAAUUUUCUCUGGGUAGGUUUUUCUUUUUGUGUAGUUUUCGAUGUUUUACAACGAGCGACAUGCCGCAUGCAUGUUACGUGGCUGCAAAGUUCGUCCGUUUAAAACCACCUGGCUGCAUCUUUCAUUUCUUUCAUGCUUUUUGACUGUGAAAAAAAGUAACAAAAACGUAUUUAUAUUUCUGUACAUACGAAAGCCUUGAUAUUAACACGCGUGAACCUAAAGGAUUGGAAACGUUUCGACGAAGGAUGUUUCUACUACCACUGAAGGACUAAAGGUCCAUACAGACCGGACGCGAUUUGGCAAAGCGACGCCAAUUUUCAAUUUACAAUAACAUCUAACUUCAAUAUUUUUCUAUGUUUUUCAAAUAUUCGGAACCACUUAGGCAAUUUUAGCUAUUUGGUCUGCAUAUCUUGUAAAAUUUUUAUCCGUUGACGGUUUUAUUAGUUUUUAAAAACUGAAAAUUCGCGUCGCGUUGUCGAGUCGCGUUCGGUCUGUAUGGACCUUAAUAUAUGGAAUCAUUUUUAUGUCUACACUGCGGCCGACACAACUUGUUCUUAGCGAUGGAUGUGUAUGACGUCAGUGAUGUCCAAUUGUUACUGCGUCAUAACCUCCCACACUCUCAUUAUUUAUUAUAUAGAACGUUUAUUAUAACUACUGCGUCAUAACCGGACGCGCUCUUGCUUUACGUUCGAACUCAGAACGCGUAUCAGAUGAGUUUGGAGCGCGACAGUAUUAGGAGGUUAUUUCUGAAUGUGUAAUCGAACCUUAAUAGACAAUGAAUAACAAAACGUUUUCUUGUAUUUAUCUAUAGUGAUAAAGUUACAUGUCGUAUCACAAUAACACAUACCUCAAAAUCACAAGCCAAGGCUGUAGAUGCGCUUCUACAACUCCAGAUUCCGUUCUAUCUGAAAGUGUUGAAUCAUCGUUAUGGACAGGGCGUCCCAUGGAGUAGUGUGGAUAAAUCUGAGAUUUCGAUGAUAAAAUUUAAGGUAAAACAAAUGCCACACCAGACUUCCUCCUCUUCCCAGUUUUACUGGCAGUUAUCUCAAUAAUUCUUCUCAUUGUGUGCUGCAGUGUUGUAUUGUGUUGUAUUAGGUGCCAAGUAAAUAGAAUUGAGAAACGAACUGUGUAUCAUGAAACUGAAACCUUUAGUAUUGCACUCUAUCCGUUGAUAAAUUGAUAAACCAUAGUUUUGCCGAGAUAACAGUCGGCCAGUUUUAUAAGAGUCCAUUUAAUGUUGGCAUAUAAUAUUAAAUUAAAAUUAUUUAAAAUGAAAAUCCCACCGUCUUUCCUUUCUAAACUGAAACUAUCAGUAUUGUACUCUAUAUGGAUAGCAUGGUGGCUGAUGAACGUUUUGUUUACUUCUACAGUUUAAUCAGAUUUUGGUAUCAAAGUCUGUCACUUUAUCCCUCGUUGUUGCUGUGGAUCCAUACUUUGCCGCUGACCGUAAUGACGAUUAUCACGUGGCUGUUCUGGUUAAUCUGUGGUAUUAUGGUGCAGAUGAUCCCUCUGUCAGGCCACCGUCAUUAUAUAAUGCACGCCGUGACUCUGGACGUUUGCCUGUCAAGUUUGUCUCCACCACAGGUUAGCUCGCCGGGGAUCAAAUGUGCUUUACAUCAAGUACUACGCUUACCAAUUACAUAGUUAACCUAAACUAUUUUAUCUUUAGAACAACUGUGAUAUUACUUUCGUGUUUAUCCUAACCCACCCUGUCAACUUUCCCUGUGGGAGGAAACUGGGCACCCAGAGAAAAUCCACGACUUUCGGCAGAGCGUUUUUUUUUUUUACUUUUCACAUGAUAGUGAUAGUAAAGAGGCCUGUAAUUGAGAUGAUCUUUUCAGCCGCCGUGACAUUUGAAUUAUUUACAAUAUUUACAAGAAAAUGAGAAAUAUAUAUAUAUGUACAACAAAUUAUUUCUACAGUUUAUUUUUGAAUAUUUUAGUGAGGUGGAAUUCCUAAUUUCAAUUGGUAUUGAAUUCCAUACCACUGCUCCAUUAUAUUCAGGACUAUCAUAGUUGUGUAGUGGUGUUUGGUUUGGGGACAACAAAAUUGUAGUCAUGACCUCGUGUACCAUUCGCUCGAUUAAAUGGCCGUGAAAGAUAAUAUGGGCCUAAUUUGUGGGAUACUUUGAACAUUGGACAAAAAUUUUGUUUCAUUCGCCUAUUUUCUAGUGUCGGCCAAUUUAAGUUAUUCAAAUUUGGGAAGAGCGUAUUUCAUACGAUUUUUUAAAUUUUUGCAACUUAUCCCGUGAACCUUUUCUGCAAUUAUCCCACACAGAGGCCUUAAAUAUUCAUCUCAUAUUUUUUAGCAUGUGAAAAACGGAUUGAGUUAGAAGACUCUCAUUAUUCUGCCUCGUCUGUAUCAAACAGUGGUGAAGCAAAACGGGCUUCGUUCUUCAAGCCUGGAGUUUGGAUGACUGCUGACUCACUGGCAACUGAUAAAAAUCAGUUUUUACAUCUCAAUUUAUCACGAUUGAUGAAAGUCACUAAGGUAUAGUGUAAAAUAUAUGGAGAGCAGUAUUACUACGGUUGUAUAGACCUGCGCGAUAUGUUUGUUCUUGCAAUAUUUCGCUAUUUGUCAUUAUUUAUCUCACUCCCCAUUGGGGCUUUUCGGUGACCGAUUACACCAAGUAUUACGCUUACUUAUGUUACUUGCUUAGCUUUAAUAGACUAUUUAUCUUUACAACAAUUCACCUAUUCACCAAUAGCGACGCCAUCUUGAAUUUCGCGUUUAACGCAAUGCAUUAUGGGUGAUCCAGGGUUAUUGAGCGUUUUUGAAGGGCUGUAAAUCAAAUAUGUAGGCGAAAACACACGUUUUUGUGGCUAGCCCGUUUGCGGGCUAGCCAUUAUCACAUAGUACACAAACGCGAUGAGCGAUGAUGAUCAUGGUGUCCAGUCCGGAUUUUCGUAAAGUAUCGGAAGCGCCCGUAUUUUUCUGCCGACAUUUCACAUUUGCAUUUCGAGGCAUUUGAUGAUUUUGAUCCAGUUUGAGGACUUCUAUUUCUACACUAGCAUGAGCAGCAUAUCGCGUUAUUCCUUGUGUUUCUUUGAGCAGCAUAUUGCGUUAUUCCUUGUGUUCCUUUGAGUAAAAGGUAUAUUUGCUCAUUUCUAUUUUUGUAUAAGUUUGCUUUUAUAUUAUAUAUAUUAUAUACAACGCCAUUUUGGCUUGCUCUGGUCAAAGAUAUAUUUUUGGUCCGAAUAUAGAUAUGGCAUUCUUAUACGCGAAGUCGACGUAUCAAAUCAGAAAUGCAGUAUACAAAGGAGCCAAAUCAAAAAUUGAAAAAUACAAUAUUACACAUGAAAGGGCCCAUUGUGGCUCGUACUGAUCAUACAGGGCUAUUUACAGUACGUGAAAGGCCACGUACCAAACAAAAACAAGUCAAGAAGGCCAGGAGUACUGUAUAUUGCAAAGCAAUUGCCAUUUGUGCUGGGAUUAACUACCUUGACUAUUGCUAUAUUAGUAAAAAAAACUACCUUAACUUUUGCUAAUGUAGUCACAAGAACAACCUUGACUAUUGCUAUAGUACAGUAGUUCAUGUAGAUGAAAUUAUUUUAGUAAUUUUGUUAGUAUUUGCAUUUUUUAGUAUAUAUCUCCUUGCAUGUAUAAAAAUUGUUGUGUUCAUCAUCUAAUGUGUUUCCACAUUCCUUUUGAAAUUAUUUGCUAAAGUGCCCUCUGGGUAUAAUAAGCAUCCAGCAAGUAUACCCGUAUUCUUGGGUUUCAUAUGACAUCACAAAAGUGACGGACGGUCAACAAAACACAGUUAUCAGAGUGAGUCGAUUGUUCGUUUUAUGUAUUAGCCUUGUGUUCGGUGGCAAAUACAUGGAAUUUCGUAUCAUUUUCUCACUCCACUACAGCAUAAGCAUCAAUACAUUUGAGGUUGACCCCCCGUCAGAUUCACUGCAUAAUGCUGUAGUGAAACCUAAGAAUAGGCAACCCCUGCCAUUAAGCACCCUCUGGGUAUAAGCACCACCUGGGUAUAAGCAUCCCCUGGGUAUAAGCAUCCACAAAGUAUAAUCUACAGAAUUUGCUAAAAUUAAGACAAAUGCAAAACUCAGAAAUGUGUGAAAUGACUUUGCUUUCUCUUUAUAUUUUCCACACUAAUUUUGCAGUCAAUAAUGCUUCAUUUCACCUUAACAUGAACAGCCCCUACAAUAUUGAUUAACCCAUUGUGCCGCAAUGUGCCCCAGUGCGCCCUACGUUUUUUACCUGUCCAGUGUCCAACGCCAGACGAUUUUAUUUGUCAAUGGGGAAGCUUUGCAACUUAAUGGGUUAGGAAAAGUAAUCUUUCAAAAAUGUGUUCAAAUAAUGCUGGAAAUGUCAUUUCAGAAACCAAAGUCUUAAGACAUUGUGGGAAGUGUGUAUGAUGCUGGAACACCUAGCUCCUCCCUCCUAGGAGUGCCAAGUCUUAUGCACGAUAUGCAGUCAACCUCGACAGCUAUGACAAUAGCCGUUUUCACAUUAGAAGACGGACAAGUCGUCUAAACGAACAAAUCGUCUCAAAAUCGUCUUUUAGUCGGACAAAUCAUCAGAUGUGAAAACGUGUCGGACAAAAUUUUAGACGAACAAGUCGUCUGAAUUUGUUCGACUACUUGUCCGUCUGUGAAGACGAUUUUUGAGAGACGAUUUGUUCGUCUAGACGACUUGUCCGUCUCUAAUGUGAAUAGGGCUAAUGUUAUCUGCUGAAGCUGAGGGCUGGACACAGUAAUUGAUACAUUGUACAAUUGCAAAUGCAAGAGCACAUGCAGUUGCAGAGAGUUUUGUAGGUCAGCCAUGCAUACUAGAAGUUAUGUCACCUACCGACAAUUUUUCAAUGUCGGAGGCAGCAAGACAUUGAGAAUUGUUUGUAGAUUCUUAGCCAAUCACCACAGAGAAUGCAUAUGCAUUGUACAAUAAUAUCUCCUCUUAUUACUAUUAAAGUUAGCCUGCGUAUCUUCUUAUUACUAUUAAAGUUAACCAGCAUGGCAGGCUCUCUGGGUUUGGAGGAAGGUUUGGGGAGUUAAAGUUUACCAAGCUAGCCACAUGUACGCAUUUCGUACCUAUUUUUAUAGUUGAAAAUAACAGACAAGUUUUAGAAGAACUAGGAAAACACACAAAAGCUGGGAAAAAUAAAAAAAUCAGGAUAAAAUCUAUAGUUUAAAUCUUUGUUAGGCCUAAAAAGGGAAAUAAUUUCAAUAAAGUGCGCAUAAAAUUGAUUUACACUGCUUCAUUGUCCUCAAGAAAGUGUUUAUGAAAAAAAAAUUAUCGUAUUGUGUCUCAAUACGACAAUAAAGGCUUUUGAAUUCGUAUUUUUACCCUGGAUAACCCAUAAUGCAUGUUGAUUCAAGAUGGCGUCGCUAUUGGUGAAUAAGUGAAUUGUUACUUUCUUAACUAUGUUUAUCCUAACCAGUGUGGGAGGAAACCUGAGCACGCGGAGAAAACCCACGACUUUCGGCAAAGCGUUGACUGACUCUUUUCACAUGAGUCCAUAGCGAGAAUCAAACCCACGAUCUCAGAAGUGAAAGGCGCCUGCUGUGACAACUGCGCCACCGAAGACCUUAUUUUUAUCAUUCAGAUCGCAACACGUGGCCAGGCAACGCCUUCAGAGGCGUUCGUUCGAACAUAUCACGUGUACUAUAGCAAGAAUUCCGUGGAGUGGUCAGCAUCUCGCGAAAAUAAUGAUAUUAAAGUAAGUUUUAAGGUGGCUCGCUACAGUUUAUAGAAAUGUUGAAAAUGCGUAAACUAGAUCACUUUUUUGAAGAGAUGAUGCUCUUUACAAAUCGAAAUUUGUAUAUUAUAUAUACAGCGACAAUCAAACAGUCGAAAAUUGGUCAGAAAAGUGACGUCACCACUGUUGCUACGGCAACAAUGACGAUGUAAGAUGGCCGAUAUUUUGGCUUUGAACGCAUUUUACUUUAAAAAAAGGUCGGUUACCCCCAUUUUUUAUUUCAGAAAACAUUUUCGUAUAGUGCAAUGCACUAUCUGACCAAUUUUAAAAAAAUUCUGUAAUGCAAAAAAAAAAUUAUUUUGAAAAACCAUGUUUAUAAAUUUUUAAAAAAUUUGGCAUUACAGAAUUUUUUUAAAAUUGGUCAGAUAGUGUAUUGUACUAUAAGAAAAUGUUUUCUGAAAUAAAAAAUAGGGGUAACCGACCUUUUUUUAAAGUAAAAUGCGUUCAAAGCCAAAAUAUCGGCCAUCUUGAAUCGUCAUUGUUGCCAUAGCAACAGUGGUGACGUCACUUUUCUGAGCAAUUUUCGACUGUUUGAUUGUCGCUGUAUAUAUAAUAUACAAAUUUCGAUUUGUAAAGAGCAUCAUCUCGUCAAAAAAGGUGAUCUAGUUUACACAUUUUCAACAUUUCUAUAAACUGUAGCGAGCCACCUUAAUAUCCGCUUGCGUCCGUUUUUCGUUGUGACGCCGUUUGUCUCUGAUUUAAAUCGUUCGCUCAUUUUUAACGUGCUAUUUUCUAACAGCUGUUCCAGGGCAACACAGAUGGCAAAAAUGUCGCCUUCAACUUCCUGCCCUCACUGACGCACGCCAGAUAUCUUCUUAUUGUGCCGAAGUCUUGGAAAAGACGUCACGCAUUGGAUGUUCAAGUGUUUGGUUGUAAUGUGCAUCCCAAGGAUGAUUUAGGUAUGUGCUAGUUCCCCCGGGAAGACUUGUGUAUUUCUUGACUCUCCAGGAACACUUCGGCAUGGGUUAGUUCCCCCAAGAAGAUUUCGGUAUGUGGUAAGAAACUUGCUACUUUUCAUAUGUGGUUUCUUCUAUGGAAAUUGACUCGAUAAAGUCGCCUCGCUAUGAAAGAAAAAGAAAUUAGAAAUGGCUUGCUUUGCCCGUGCACAUCUACCCUUGCCAUUCUUUUCUUGAUCAAUGGAGGAUCAGAAAUCGCUGUUAAUAGAGCACUUUUUAAAUUUAUGACUUUGUGUGUUUUGUAGCGGAUUACUGUCCUAUAUUUGACUUUGAAAAUGGUGUUGCUGGCUGGGAGAAAACAGGAACAGCAUUUGACAAUCAACCGACAAUCGGAGACAAUUAUAAAGUGAGGAAGAAGAAAUCUGCAAAUAUUCAAGGAAAUGCUUGGAUCUCUACAGCGGAAGAUCGCAUGAGAUCUCAUAUACUGGCAGGGAAUACACAAGGUGAUACUCCUAUAGGUACACUUACAUCCCCAAGUUUCCUGAUCGUCACAUCAAAAUUCCACUUCCUCGUUGGUGGAACUGUAAAUAAUACAGAUGCGCGCGCAGAGUUAAUGAUUGAUGGCAAGUCAGUACGUAAAGCCAGCGGUGAUGGUGACGAGAUGACAGAGGUCACGUGGGAUGUGAAAGCAUUUCGCGGGAAAGAAGCUGUGUUGCGAUUGGUGGAUGAUACCGCUGCUGGACAUCUUAAUUUUGAUGCAUUCCGAGUGGAUUGUUUCCUCGACGCUGAUGGUAUGUAUUUACAUCCAGCGGUUAUGUUUGAUAUAUUCCUGAAAAUAAUAAGAAAUGUUUAGAUAAUCCAUCAUAGAGUGGCAUGGUUGUAUUAUUCCAUUUUUUUUACUAAAAUGCUUACCUGUAUUAUUGCUAAAGGUGGGAUUGUUUUGGUUUAGUGAUAUCAUAUUUUUGAAAUGCGAUCAGGUUGACGCGCCAUCAGCACGCCAUCAUGCUCACGCAUGAGUUUCCUCUCUAGUGUUUUUACGAUUCAUGUUUGAACCUUUUCUCUAGCUCAAGAAAUUUCCUUACCAAGUCGAGCAGUCAUGUUAAAUUCAAGGACACAUUCAUUCUACGUUUGUGAUUCGUCACAUUUGAGGUAUAAACAUUUCUUCAUCAUAUUUUCAACUUUGAAGCGGUCACUCACUAAAACCACUUUCCAGGAAAAUAAAAUAGCUCUAUCAUUUCUGAAAUUUUCUCCUGAGAUGUUUUGUAAGGACCAUCCCAAACUUUAUCUCACAUAUUUUACGUAAUAUCUAAUGAAUGUGUUAUUGCAGGCGUAAAGACGUCGCAAUAUGCCGAAUGACCAGUGGGUCAACUGACAGAUGGUUUGGUAAGAAUGUUAGUUAUUGAUAAAUGAUGUUGCAACUCAUUUUCAUAUUUUAUUUAUUUUACAGAAAAAGGCUUUGCGUAUAAUUAACUUUUCUAAAUUUGAUGCUCAUUCCACACCAAUAUUCAAAUCUUUAAAAAUAAUUAAAUUACCGGUACAUGAUAUUUUCACUCUACAUGCCAUAAGUUCAUAACGUUUAUGCGUAACUAUUAUCACGAGGAACUACCUUUAAUAAUCUUUUCACACCAGUCAAAGACUUACAUACUUAUAAUAUGAGGUUAGCAUCGAGGCAGUCGUAUUUCUUUGCCAAAAUUUAGAACUAAUUAUGGAAUUUUUAAUAUUAGAUAUCAAGAUGUUAAGAUAUGGAACUUCCUUGAUGAGCCCGAUAAAAAAUCGUCAGUUUUUAAUCUAAAAAAUAAACUUGUUCAAAAAAAUGUUCAAAAUGUUCUUUGAUUCAUACUAGCUUAUUGCUUUGUUUACUUAUGUAUUUAAUUGUUUGAAUUGCUUUCAUUAUUUUUAUUUAUUGAAUUUGCUAAAACCUUCAAAAUUUUAAUAAUUUCAAAAUUAUAUGGUGUUUUCUUCUCUCUGUGGUUGGUUCUGCUAAAUUGAGUACUGCAGUAUUUAGUAAAUUGAUUACUUUAAAUCAAAUCAAAUCAUAUUUAUUUCCGUAGGGUAACCUCUUCAGUAAUGUAUCACUGGUAUCAAUUUAUACAAGCUUCGUUAUAUUUGUUUGUCUAACGUUGUGUGUAAAUUGUCUGCCUGAUUCUUUUAGCCCUUUAAUGGUUAUUUCGGGCAGACGGAACCCAAGACAUGUCAAAAAAUAAUAUAAUGUAAAAUUCUACAAUGUAAAAAGUGGUUGUAAGUUUAGCCUGUGUCUUUACUCUCGUUAUUAUAUUUGCAGAUAUACCUGACAUUCUUGGUUUGCUGGGCGUGGAUAAAUCCACCCAUCGAUUAUACGCACUAUCUGCAGAUCGUUACGUCAUCAGAAGUAUCAAUCCAGCUGGAGGUAACUGGCAGUAUAUUAAGAGAUCAGAGUGGGACGAAGUGAAAUGGAAGCCAAGUAUGGUGAGAAUGACUCUGGUUCCCUGGGUCACUCUGCAAGAUGGAGUGCCUGAAGAAGUAUUGAUGACUUUGUAUGAUACUAAUGGCGAUCGAUGGAAAGGUACUAGAAUUUUUUAAAUGAACAGAAAAGACAGAGCGAGCUGCUUCAAAACGCGGUCGGGUUGCGUGCAUCUUCUUUGUUUAAGUUAUUAGUAUUCAGUUACAAGGGUAGCUAAUGAUCUUGAGAAAUAUUUACACUUGCGCGAGCAAUUCAUUAGGAUAAGAUUUUUUCACUUUGAUAAUUAUGGGUUGAAAUAUUAGGAUUAAAUAUUGAAGAGAGUUUUUUUUUUCUUUUCAGCGACAUCUCAUGGUAUUGCUUUCAAACCUGCUGCUCGUCCCUGGAUAGAGGUCGCAGCGUGGAGUUGUCAAGUUUCUGAUAUGCCAGAUGACCCGUGUUUCUCUGAACCAUGUGAAAAUCACGCCAACUGCACGGCUAUAUCACGUGAUCAGUAUACCUGCAGCUGUGUACCUGGGUACAACGGUGUCAACUGUGAAACAGGCAAGUGA